CACGAUUGCCUAAUUGGCACAAAGGGGAAACAUGUGAUGGAGCUUCAGGAAUGCCCAGGGGUUGGGAAAACAAGCACAGCACAAGGCUUUAAGAUGUGUGUCAGCAGCAACAGCAGCAGCAGCAACUAUGACGAGGCACCUGUGCUAAACGACAAGCACCUGAGUGUCCCCAACAUCAUCAUUACACCCCCAACCCCGACGGGCAUGGGGCUGGCCAGAGACUCCAAGCAACCAGUCUGCAUAGAUGAGUCAGGGUCUGACCAAGAUGAUGGGGAGUUGGAUCCUGAAGCCUGAGAAGUCACCAAGUGGUGGGACCUAUAUGGCAGCUCCCUGCCUCACUGCCCCUUGCCCCAGGUGUUGGGGACAUGGCUACCUGAGCAGCUGGUUGAGGACAGAGAACUGGGCCCUGGACCAAGAUAGGAGUGGCCAGAGGAACCUAGCAGGGCUCUGGACCCCAUGGAGCAGACAUCUGUUGUUCUCGCCAACCCUCUCUAGACCCCAGCUUGGUGAAGAGGAGAUGAACCUGCCCUACGGCCACUGUGACCACGGACCCUGGCCCUCACGGUCACAACAUACAAGGACUUCUCGCCAGAGCAGGGCCUCUGUUUUGUUUUGUUUUGUUUUGUUUUGUUUUUUACAAGUUUUACAGGUACAGAACCCACAUCCUGAGCGAGAUUUAUAAAUA